AUGACAAUAGAUCCCGCUAGUGAAGUAUCAACAAAAGAGUUCUUGGAGGCAUUCCAAAAGCUGAAAGAAGGAGAAGAAACGGCGGACCGAAUGGAAAAGAUGUUGAAUAAACUGGAGGGGAACAUUGAAGCGCUUUUAGCAGCAGCAGAGGAGUUAAACAAGUCAGAUAAAGCAACAAACUCCAAUAUUGAACCAUCUGCCUAA